GUUUGAAGAAAUCGAUUCAUUAGUUACUUAUUAUUAAAUAAUUAAUUAAUAAUAACUAAACCGCAAAAAUGACAAAACCAUAUGAAGUGCCGUUUCGUGUGACCGAAAACGAUAGCAAUUUGAAUAAGAAUGGAGUGAAACGUAUGUCUAAACCAAUGAUGGAGAAGAGACGUCGGGCCAGAAUUAAUCAGUGCUUAAUGCAACUCAAGGAAAUGGUCAUCGAUUCUGGCAAACAAAAUAUUCAGAACUCAAAAUCAAAGCUGGAAAAGGCAGACAUUCUUGAGUUGACUGUGAAAUAUGUGCAACAAUUACACCAAAACCGUUUGUCUGCGCCGUCGGCGACGGCCUCCGAGCGGAAGGAGAACUCGGAGGUGAGUCCGGCGCAGAUUCUCAACGACUUUGUGGCCGGUUUUGCCGAAUGCGCGAAACAAGUGGAGGAAUUUGUUUGCCAAACACAACCGCUGGACCCGAUUGUGGUCACUUCGCUCAGCUCUCAUCUCAACAACUGUAUGAACUCAUUGGAGACCACAGACAUCAGUGUCGGCGGCUUCGGUGUCAUUCGCCACACCAACCAAUGCUGUCCGCCAUCGCCCGCCCCGUCCACCGUCUCCUCCGGUUCCGCGGGAUCUGUCGGCGGAGUUCACAAUCCUAUUCUCGAUAUGGAGUUGUCGUCCAUUAGUAGUGCCGACGAAGACAUGCCUUUGAACCUAUCGUCUGGCAAUCGGUUCCCCGAAGAACACCACUUCAUUCAUCACCCAUUACUGGCCGGCGAUGACUGUGUUUGGAGGCCCUGGUAGUGGUGAUCAUAGACGGGCUGUACUACGGG